AUUCCUUUCCCCUUCUUCAGACUCUGUCUCGGCUGUCCCCUUCGGCCCUUCUCUAUGCCUCACAGCCUGUUUAGAAAGGCUGGUCCGGCGGCUGAGCCGGGCGCUGUCCUGAGAAGGAGCGCUUGGUGUGGAAGAGAUGAACCGGACAAAAGGUGAUGAGGAGGAAUAUUGGAACAGCUCCAAGUUCAAGGCUUUCACUUUUGAUGAUGAAGAUGAUGAACUCUCACAGUUAAAGGAAUCCAAACGCGCGGUCAAUAGCCUUCGAGACAUCGUGGAUGACGACGAUGACGAUGACCUGGAGAGAGUCAGCUGGACUGGAGAACCUGUGGGAAGUAUCUCAUGGUCCAUCAAAGAGACUGCUGGGAAUAGCGGGUCAACCCCUGAGGGACGUGAACAGCUAAAGGGCCGAAACAGCUUCUACGCACAGCUACCCAAACCUCCUUCUACUUACUCCCUCGGCAGCUUCUUCAGAGGUAGAACUAGACCUGGAAGUUUCCAGUCCCUUUCUGAUGCUCUGUCAGACACACCUGCCAAAAGUUAUGCUCCAGAGCUGGGGAGGCCUAAGGGAGAAUACAGGGAUUACAGCAAUGACUGGAGCCUCAGUGAUACAGUGCGACGCCUCCGCCAGGGCAAGGUCUGCUCACUAGAGCGCUUCCGCUCCCUCCAGGAUAAGCUGCAGCUCCUCGAGGAGGCAGUAAGCGUGCAUGAUGGGAACGUCAUCACUGCAGUUCUGAUCUUCCUGAAGAGGACCCUGAGCAAAGAGAUCCUUUUCCGAGAGCUGGAGGUACGCCAGGUCGCACUGAGACAUCUCAUUCAUUUUCUUAAAGAAAUAGGGGACCAAAAGCUGCUUUUAGAUCUCUUCAGGUUCCUAGAUAGGACAGAAGAACUGGCACUAUCCCAUUAUCGAGAGCAUUUGAACAUUCAGGACCCUGAAAAACGAAAAGAAUUUCUUAAGACUUGCAUUGGUUUGCCGUUUUCAGCAGAAGACUCUGCGCAUGUACAAGACCAUUACACACUGCUGGAGCGUCAGAUCAUCAUUGAGGCAAACGACCGGCACCUGGAAUCUUCUGGGCAGACUGAUGUCUUCCGGAAGCACCCCCGCAAAGCUUCCAUUCUCAACAUGCCACUAGUGACAACACUCUUCUACGCCUGCUUCUAUCACUACACAGAAUCUGAGGGAACCUUCAGCAGUCCCGUUAACCUGAAGAAAACAUUCAAGAUCCCAGACAAGCAGUAUGUGCUGACAGCCUUGGCUGCGCGUGCCAAGCUGAGAGCCUGGAAUGACGUUGAUGCCCUGUUCACCACUAAGAACUGGUUGGGUUACACCAAGAAGAGAGCACCCAUUGGCUUCCAUCGAGUUGUGGAAAUUUUGCACAAGAACAGCGCCCCUGUCCAGAUAUUGCAGGAAUAUAUCAAUCUGGUGGAAGAUGUGGACACCAAGUUGAACUUAGCUACUAAGUUCAAGUGCCAUGAUGUCGUCAUUGAUACUUGCCGAGACCUGAAGGAUCGUCAGCAGUUGCUUGCAUACAGGAGCAAAGUAGAUAAAGGAUCUGCUGAGGAAGAGAAAAUCGAUGUCAUUCUCAGCAGCUCGCAAAUUCGGUGGAAGAACUAAGGGUCCUUUGCUACCCUGAAGCCUGCCUCACUUCUUACUUUUCUUUCUGCCUAUGAAAACAGAGAGCUCUCUUCUUAGGAGAGUCACAGCAUUCUACACGUGAGCCUGUCAUUCACAGGCAGUGCCUGCUGGUUUGGGGACAGAAACCAGCCUUUGAGCACAUGUAUCUUCAGAUUGAACUGUCCAGGGGAUAUUACUCACAGGCCAGUAGCUAAAGGCUUUGACUCUCAAGAAAGAUGCUCUGCACCAGUGCCUGUGGAAAGGUGGGAGCCCAUCCUGGGCAAGAUGCCUGUGCUCAGAGAAAAGUGACCACUCCAGAAACAGUCGGAACUAAGCCACAGGUGUCUGGGGAUCGUUGUGACAUUCCUCUGUCCUUUCGGCUGUUCUUACCCAGAACCCGGGGUUGGGCAUGUACAUUUCUGCUCUAAAGGAGUCAGCACAGAACGAAAUUGACUCUUCAGGGGCCUCAGAAAGGGAUAUCAGUAUUGCUCAGGACCUGCUGGAAACCAGACCCAAGUUCUCAAGACACAGAGCCACUCAUCAAUGACAGACACUUCCUAGACAUUGUGUACCUUCAGCCAGUAUCAACCUGCUGUCACUGUCAACUUUGUGUAGGGACGUGUGAGGGACAUAGGGUCCCUCUCACACCUGCACACUGUCCGGGCGGUGAGCCAUCUUCUUCGGCAAUGUCCUCUGUUUCUGUGUCGAUACAGUCUUACAUGGAAUUCAGAUUCACCAGUGCUGGGGCGCUUUUUCAGGCAAAAAUCAUUUCACCAGAAGCAGCCACAAGUAGCACCUUGUUUAGAUAUCUCCGUAGAGGCCCUGUUAGCCUGCUGGGAACUUGAGCAGUGUUCCAUUCUGCCCUGUGCCUCCCUGAACUGGAUUUUCCUGACAUGCCUACACUCCUAAUAAAACUUGCAUUCCUGGUACCUCCUCUUCCCCAUCUGGUUACUUAGUCCAUAAUGAUGAUGUAUUUGCACCUCUGACUGUCAGCAGCCUGUCAUCACAUUAUAGUGUCACAGUAUCCCAACAAGGCAGGAGGGUAUGGUUAAUAGCACUAGUAUAAGACACAGAAGACCUGAGUUCUUGCCUCAGCAAUCCUGCUGACAAACCAGUACUAGGGAGAGGGCCCUUAUUCUGUGGACCCAUCUUCAUCUGUAGAAAAGUAGGACCAAAGUCUGACUGUGGCAUUCUGGACUCUGACAGGUGGGUGAAGGGGAAGGAAACCAGGUAAUGUACACAGCAUGCAGCAUGCUCUAGGCUUAGCUAGAGGCAGUCGGAGCUGCAGGAAACAUUUGGCAAUGUCUGAAGGCACUUUUUACUGUCAAACUUGGGAGUGUGCUGCUAAAUAUCCAGUCAUGCACAGGACAGGUCCCCACAGCAAGGGAUUAUCCUGCCAAAAACAUUAGUAACAGCAGUGUUUAAUCCUGCUUUGGGGGGUCCGUGCCUUUCACCAAGUUUGAAGAUCUGAGUUUAAUCAUUAGACCCCACCAUGGUACAAAUUGAGAACUGACUCAUAUAAAUUGUCUUUUGACCUUUACAUGUCUGUCUGUGCACACACUAUGCAUACAGAUGAUAAAGAUUUCUACUUUAAAGGG